UGCACUGUUGUUCCUGUUUUUCGUGUUUUCACAUGCAAAUAGUACAAAAAUAUUUAAUAAGCUACAACUAUGUACUGUAGCAUUCAACUUCAGUUAAUACUAUAACAGUGAAUAAUGAUAUUAAGGCUGUGCCAGCACAGUUUUCAUAUAUACGACUUGCUUCUAUUCAGCGGCGCGCUAACCAUCCUCGUCUACAUUCUACUGCCUCAUCGAUUCGCCCUGCGCUAUGACUACAUCGAUAAGGAGCACAUUGAGGAGGCGCUUCUUUCGGCAACCGUUUCGAAUAUCUCAUCGCAGCAGGCAAUCGAUUGCAGCUACAAGGAGGUGCUAGCUGAUAGCACUUUUGUCUACGAUGCAGCGCAUCGUGCGGCUAUUCUGCGCGGGCAGGAAAUACGGCUUGGCGGCGAAUAUCAGCCGGAUGAAUGCCGUGCACGAUUCAGUACCGCCAUUAUUGUACCGUAUCGGGAUCGGCAGGAGCAGCUGGUCGCAUUUCUCAACUAUAUGCACAACUAUCUGCGCCUGCAGCAAAUCCAUUAUCGAAUUUUUGUGGUGGAGCAAAGCGACCGGAAACCGUUUAAUCGGGCCAUGCUCUUCAACAUAGGCGCCAAAGUGGCAGAAAGCUAUGGUUAUCCUUGCUUAAUACUGCACGACGUGGACCUAAUGCCAUUGAAUUCCGGUCAGAUUUACGCAUGCACAGUUCAGCCGAGGCACAUGAGCUCCGCGCUGGACAGCUGGCGUUUUCAUCUGCCAUAUCGCACACUAUUUGGUGGCGUUGUGGCGAUUAGUACCUCCCAAUUUACAAUGAUAAAUGGCAUGUCGAAUCUGUACCAUGGUUGGGGCGGCGAGGACGACGAUCUGUACGAGCGCCUCAAAGUCGUGAGCAUCGAGAUCUGCCGCUUUGAUCCGGCGUACAGUGAGUACACAAUGCUAAAGCACAAACACGCGAUACCAAAUGAAAAUCGAAUGGCAUUGCUGCGAUCCGCUUCACUGCGUAUGCACACCGAUGGCCUCAACUCGCUUGUCUACAAGGAGGUGGAACGCAGAUUGCAUAGUCUCUUCACGCACAUCCUGGUCGAGACCUAGACUGUUCUCGUCUUCAGCUUUGC